CUGAAUCUCUAGCGGGCGACUAACCUCCACCGGAGUAAACAGAUUGAGGCCUUAACAAACAAAACCUCCACUACCGGAGUAAAUCUGGUACAGAAUAGUGAGUUGGCUCCUCGACUAAAGUCACCAACUCCCUACCUUCAAUCAAGGAUGCUCUAUCAACCUAGGCAGAUAUUCUCAUUCUAGGUUAAAGCAGAAAUAACAGGAAUUUGAUCAGGAUUCAUGCCAUUCAAUCAAUCAAACCUCAAUCGAAUAUAAUCAAAUCAUAGAAUCAGUACUUGGGUUCAUACAAUCAAAGCCUAACAUACAAAUCUAGGGUUCUCCAUACCCAGAUGAAUGGGAGAACUACUCCAUGGAGAAAGAAACAAAAGCAGAAUCAGACGCGGAAUUCAUACUGCGAAGGAUGGAUUCCUGCUCCUGGACGUUGAUUGGCACUCCUCCAAGCUCAAACUGGCCUCCAAUGGUGUUGAAGAUCAAGCUAGGGCACUUGGAGACUCUUGUUCGUCGCUUUCUCUCUCUAGGAAUCGUUCUCUCUCUCAAAAACUCGAAUCCCCUUCUCUUUGGCUGAAAAUCUGCUUAAAAAGGCAUCACUGGCCAAAGCACGGUCGAGGGCACGGCCGUGCUUUGCCUCAGCCCGCCCGUGCUUUGCCUCAGCCCGCCCGUGCUUUGGCUAGUGUUAAUUACACGGCCAGUGCAUUGGGAGAAACACGGCCGUGCUUUGGAGAGAACACGACCGUGCUUUGGGAGAACACGGCCGUGCUUUCAGCCCGUGUAAUCAGCUCAUGUUUGCCAAACUCGAAUUAGCUCUCGGCAGUAAAAGCACGGCCACAGAACACGACCGUGUUUUGGAGAGAACACGGCCAUGCUUUGGGAGAACACGGCCGUGUAAUGAAUUAGGUGUGCCCGUGUUUUGGCUCCAGCUCGACGAAAUGACUUCCGAAUGUCCCGAAACUCGUGCAUCGCCUUUCCUUUGACGCCUGGGACCUGAAAUAUGACAAAAUAGCACAACCCGGCGUAAAAUAGGCCAAAAGUACACGACUAUGCCCCUCAAACGGAUAAGAACUAGGGGCGCAAAUAUGUGCAAUUACAUCGUUAUCAAACUCCCCCACACUUAACCGUUUGCUUGUCCCCAAGCAAACCUAACUCAAACCAAUGAAACUCUCCAGACCUCUAUAGCAACAAACAACCCAGAUCUUAGGUAGAGGACUUCGUAGAUCAUUUAGCAACUUACGAGGUCAACCGACGCACAAGUCAUCUCAUAGCUUCUUCGGCGAGAGCACUAGUAUCGAGUCGACAUCAUGGCAAAUAGUGAACAGAGGACAAAUGAAUUGUGGAUGAAGAGAUUCUCAAAAACAAAAGAUCAUGGACUCACAUUUUCAAGGUGCUCUAUAUUCUUUGAAGAUGGUUAGAACCCCUUUUCUAAUGGUGCGCCCCUAGUUCUUAUCCGUUUGAGGGGCAUAGUCGUGUACUUUUGGCCUAUUUUACGUCGGGUUGUGCUAUUUUGUCAUAUUUCAGGUCCCAGGCGUCAAAGGAAAGGCUAAGCACGAGUUUCGUGGCAUUCGGAAGUCAUUUCGUCGAGCUGGAGCCAAAAUACGGGCACACCUAAUUCAUUACACGGCCGUGUUCUCCCAAAGCACGGCCGUGUUCUCUCCAAAACACGGCCGUGUUCUGUGGCCGUGCUUUUACUGCCGAGAGCUAAUUCGAGUUUGGCAAACAUGAGCUGAUUACACGGGCUGAAAGCACGGCCGUGUUCUCCCAAAGCACGGCCGUGUUCUCUCCAAAGCACGGCCGUGUUUCUCCCAAUGCACUGGCCGUGUAAUUAACACUAGCCAAAGCAUGGGCGGGCUGAGGCAAAGCACGGCCGUGCCCUCGACCGUGCUUUGGCCAGUGAUGCCUUUUUAAGCAGAUUUUCAGCCAAAGAGAAGGGGAUUCGAGUUUUUGAGAGAGAGAACGAUUCCUAGAGAGAGAAAGCGACGAACAAGAGUCUCCAAGUGCCCUAGCUUGAUCUUCAACACCAUUGGAGGCCAGUUUGAGCUUAGAGGAGUGCCAAUCAACGUCCAGGAGCAGGAAUCCAUCCUUCACAGUAUGAAUUCCGCGUCUGAUUCUGCUUUUGUUUCUUUCUCCAUGGAGUAGUUCUCCCAUUCAUCUGGGUAUGGAGAACCCUAGAUUUGUAUGUUAGGCUUUGAUUGUAUGAACCCAAGUACUGAUUCUAUGAUUUGAUUAUAUUCGAUUGAGGUUUGAUUGAUUGAAUGGCAUGAAUCCUGAUCAAAUUCCUGUUAUUUCUGCUUUAACCUAGAAUGAGAAUAUCUGCCUAGGUUGAUAGAGCAUCCUUGAUUGAAGGUAGGGAGUUGGUGACUUUAGUCGAGGAGCCAACUCACUAUUCUGUACCGGAUUUACUCCGGUAGUGGAGGUUUUGUUUGUUAAGGCCUCAAUCUGUUUACUCCGGUGGAGGUUAGUCGCCCGCUAGAGAUUCAGAUUGAGAGGGUCUGAAGACCUUUAGUCAAGACUUCAGGCUGUUUAAGAACCUUCCGCAGUAUAACUAUCAUAGAAACUGAACUUGGUAAUUGCAAUCCGGCUUAACUGCAGUCUAGGGGGAACCAUAUCCGGGUGACCUCUCUUAACCUGAAUACAACCGUUUACUUGCU